GGACAGGUGGCGCAUGCGCCCUGCCUCCCUGUGCCGGCCGGCUCCACAUUGAGGCAGGGCGAGCGGAGGGACCAUUGAAAGAUGGAAGCGGCGGCUAGAGAAGAGCUAGACAUGGAAGUAAUGAAGCCUUUAAUUGGAGAACAGGAUUCGGACAGCAUCUCUGAUGAUGAGCAUGAAAAUGAAUUGUUGCCAGUUGAGAAGCAUUACCAACUUGAUAAUCAAGAGGGCAUUACGUUUGUGCAAACACUUACUCAUCUCCUCAAAGGAAACAUUGGAACUGGGCUUCUAGGGCUUCCACUUGCGAUAAAAAAUGCAGGCAUUGUGCUUGGACCAAUCAGCCUUGUGCUUAUAGGAAUUAUAUCUGUUCAUUGUAUGCACAUCUUGGUACGAUGCAGCCACCAUCUGUGUCAGAGAUUGAAAAAGACCUCAUUAGGGUAUAGUGACACAGUUAGUUACGCCAUGGAAGUAGGGCCCCUAAACAUCCUUCAAAAAAGAGCUUCCUGGGGAAGGUGUAUCGUUGACUUUUUUCUUGUGAUUACACAGCUGGGAUUUUGCAGCGUUUAUGUUGUGUUCUUAGCAGAAAAUGUGAAACAAGUCCAUGAAGGAUUUUUGGAGAACAGGAUUGUACCCAUGAAUGACACUAGUACCAGUGGUCCCUCUGAGAAAAGGAGUGUUGAUUUACGAAUAUACAUGCUGUGUUUUCUGCCAUUUAUUAUCCUUCUGGUCUUCAUUCGUGACCUUAAGAGCCUGUCUGUGCUUUCGUUCCUUGCCAAUCUUUCCAUGGCUGUCAGCCUGGUAAUUAUUUACCAGUACAUCGUUCGAGAUAUAUCUGAUCCUCGAAAACUUCCCCCUGUGGCUGGUUGGAAGAAAUAUCCACUUUUUUUUGGUACUGCCAUAUUUGCUUUUGAAGGCAUUGGUGUGGUGCUCCCUCUGGAAAAUAGAAUGAAGGAAACCCAACGUUUCACACAGGCACUGAACAUUGGCAUGGGAAUUGUUAUGUCCUUGUAUAUCACUCUAGCCACUCUAGGAUACCUGCGCUUUGGGGAUGAAAUCAAAGGCAGCAUAACUUUAAACCUGCCACAAGAAGUAUGGUUGUAUCAAUCCGUGAAAAUUCUGUAUUCCUUUGGGAUUUUUGUGACAUAUUCAAUUCAGUACUACGUUCCAGCAGAGAUUAUCAUUCCAGCAAUUACCUCAAAAGUGCAGCAAAAAUGGAAGCUGUUCUGUGAAUUUAUGGUCAGGACACUCUUGGUCUGCUCGACCUGUGCUGUAGCAGUCUUGAUCCCUCACCUAGACCUGGUGAUUUCUUUUGUUGGCGCCGUAAGCAGCAGCACUUUGGCAUUGAUCCUGCCACCUUUGGUUGAAAUCCUCACAUUUUACAAGGAAAACUUAAGUGUGUGGAUGAUACUUAAAGACAUCUUUAUAGCUGUUAUUGGAGUCGUUGGCUUUUUAACAGGGACAUAUGUGACAGUUGAAGAGAUCAUUUAUCCUGCUGUGACAGUCUUAAUUAACACUACAGAGAGCCCCUUUGAAGAUUUGAACACUAUGCACUUGGUGACUGGUUUCAAUUAAUGGUGAGAGAACCAAGAAUCAUUUUGUUCCUGGGUGUGGGGUCUGAUUAGGAGCAAAAGAUCAUGAUAGAGCCUGUACUUGGCGGUAUGGGCCAUAUUCAAAUGAACUGAACAAAUAAUUUCUGAACAAUAACACACCUCUUUCCUCCUCUUCCUCCUUUGCCCAUUCUGUAACUCCUUCAGACCAGAUCUCUGUGUUAAGUCUCUCAAGCCUCCUCUGCUCUAUCUAGAGAAGGAAAGGACUGUUUAGGUGUCAGGGUUGGAAAUAUUUAUAUAUGAAUUGCAUGUGCAACCAAAUAUCAUUAGUCAGAAAAUCAAAAUGCCUACUCAAAAGGGUGAAAUCCACCCCACACAUCACAGCACCAACAUGAUGCCUAUGCACCACUUACAUCUCAUUUAAGCCCUGUUUUAAGGGACUGAGGUGGGACUUAAGUAGUGUGUAGAUCUUCUGCUGGCUCUCAGUGAAGGGGUGAAUUUAUCCCCAGUGGAUAAUAGUUACUAUAUAUAUAGCUUGGAUUGUUAGUAAUGUUUCCAGGGACCUGUAGACUUACUAUCUGGAAGUUUCA